GUAAUUCAUUUCAACCAGAUUAUUUAUCAUAAAUUUUGGCUUUUCUAAAGACAAUCACUAAAAUGGAUCUUAAAGAUAAGAAUAUUGGUGAUAGUGGGAUAAAAUUUAUGAGUGAAGCAUUACACAAUAAUGAAACUGUCACCGAAUUACAUCUUUCGUAUAAUCAAAUCGGUGAUACUGGAGCACAGCAUUUAGCUAACGCAUUACAAAACAAUAAAACUCUUACUUCACUGAUACUGGGAAUUGAUUAUCAAGAGAAACAAACGGAAGAAUUUUAUCAAAACUCAACGUACUACUUCACAUCUCGGUCGUCUCUAAUGGCAACAAAUCCAUAUGAUGACCAAGCAAAUCGAAUCGGAGAUGAAGGAGCAAAGUAUCUUGCUGAUGCAUUAAAAACGAACAAAACACUGACAACAUUAAAUUUGUCACAGAACAGCAUCGGAGAUGUUGGAAUGAAAUAUCUCAGUGAUGGAUUACAAAAGAAUACGACACUUAUGAAUUUGAUUCUUGGAAAACAAUAUGCAGGAAUUGGAGACAUUGGAAUACAAUGUUUGUCUGAUGUAUUACGAGAUAAUAAAACAUUAAUUAUGUUAGACCUUUCUUGGAAUCGAAUUAGAGAUAUUAGUGUACAAUAUUUGGCUGAUGCGUUACGAAAUAACCAAACACUAAUCAAUCUAAAUCUUAAAGGAAAUCGAAUAGAAAAUAAUGGUUUGCAAUAUUUGGCUAAUGCUCUAAGAGAUAAUAAAGUUAGAUUACAAUAA